AUGGCGCUGCGGAGAGGCGGCGGGGCGCUGGGGCUGCUGCUGCUGAGCGCCGCGUGCCUCAUCCCGCCGAGCGCGCAGGUGAGGCGGUUGGCGCGCUGCCCCGCCACUUGCAGCUGUACCAAGGAGUCCAUCAUCUGCGUGGGUUCCUCCUGGGUGCCCAGGAUCGUGCCUGGCGACAUCAGCUCCCUGAGCCUAGUCAAUGGAACCUUUUUGGAAAUCAAGGACCGGAUGUUUUCCCAUCUGCCUUCCCUUCAGCUGCUAUUGCUGAAUUCUAACUCAUUCACGGUGAUCCGCGAUGAUGCCUUUGCUGGCCUCUUUCAUCUCGAAUACCUGUUCAUUGAAGGGAACAAAAUAGAAACCAUUUCAAGAAAUGCCUUUCGGGGCCUCCGUGACCUGACUCACCUAGAUUUAAGGGGUAAUAAAUUUGAAUGUGACUGCAAAGCCAAAUGGUUGUAUCUAUGGCUGAAGAUGACGAAUUCCACUGUGUCUGAUGUGCUGUGUAUCGGUCCACCAGAGUACCAGGAGAAGAAGCUCAACGAUGUGACCAGCUUUGACUAUGAGUGCACCACCACAGGUAUCUACGUUGAUGAUGCAAAGCCCAGAGCACCGCAGCUGGGAUUCUCACAGGGUUUGUAUGAACUCAUAUUUGUUUUUCUACCCCCACUCUCAGACUUCGUCGUUCAUCAGACUCUGCCCUACCAGUCGGUGUCAGUAGACACGUUCAACUCCAAGAAUGACGUGUACGUGGCCAUCGCUCAGCCCAGUAUGGAGAACUGCAUGGUCUUGGAGUGGGACCACAUAGAAAUGAAUUUCCGGAGUUAUGACAAUAUCACAGGCCAGUCCAUUGUGGGCUGCAAGGCCAUCCUCAUCGACGACCAGGUCUUUGUGGUGGUGGCCCAGCUCUUCGGCGGCUCUCACAUUUACAAAUACGAUGAGAGCUGGACCAAGUUUGUCAAAUUCCAAGACAUAGAAGUGUCUCGGAUUUCCAAGCCCAACGACAUCGAGCUGUUUGAGAUCGACGACGAGACGUUCUUCAUCAUCGCCGACAGCUCCAAAGCCGGCCUGUCCACGGUUUACAAGUGGAACAGCAAAGGGUUCUACUCGUACCAGUCCCUGCAUGAGUGGUUCAGGGACACGGAUGCAGAGUUUGUGGACAUCGAUGGAAAGUCACACCUCAUCCUGUCCAGCCGCUCCCAGGUCCCCAUCAUCCUGCAGUGGAACAAAAGCUCAAAGAAGUUUGUCCCCCAUGGUGACAUCCCCAACAUGGAGGAUGUCCUGGCUGUGAAGAGCUUCCGGAUGCAGAACGCCCUCUACCUUUCGCUCACCCGUUUCAUCGGGGACUCUCGGGUCAUGCGGUGGAACAGUAAGCAGUUUGUGGAGGUCCAGGCUCUUCCGUCCCGGGGGGCCAUGACCUUGCAGCCCUUCUCCUUCAAAGAUAACCACUACCUGGCCCUGGGGAGCGACUAUACCUUCUCACAGAUAUACCAGUGGGAUAAAGAGAAACAGCAGUUUAAAAAGUUUAAAGAAAUCUAUGUGCAGGCUCCCCGGUCUUUCACAGCCGUCUCCACCGACAGGAGAGAUUUCUUUUUUGCAUCCAGUUUCAAAGGGAAGACAAAGAUUUUUGAACAUAUCAUUGUUGAUUUAAGUUUGUAA